CUUUAGAAAGCUGAACAACACAAGUGCCAUCUCUCUUUCUUCAGAAACAGAGAAAUGCCAUCUCCAGCACCGAUCCUAUAAAUACUUUGGAAUCAGAAGCCUCUCACGGUAGUAUAUACACACAUACAGCGUAGCAACCGAGCAUUUCGUGACGACGAUGGAGAGGCUGACGUUCGGGCAAGAAGAGCCAGCGGAGCUGGGCAUCAUCAGCGUGGCCGAAGGGGUCAUGCUGCUGCUCGCGCGCGGCGGCGGCGGCGGCGAGCCACCGGCCUCGCCGCGCGUGUUCGAGUGCAAGACGUGCAGCCGCCGGUUCCCGUCGUUCCAGGCGCUGGGUGGGCACCGCGCGAGCCACAAGCGCCCGCGGGCGGGUGAUGCCUCCCCGGCCGCGCCGGCGGCGAAGGCCCGCGCGCACGGGUGCGCGGUAUGCGGCGUCGAGUUCGCGCUGGGGCAGGCGCUGGGGGGACACAUGAGGCGUCACCGUGCCGUGGCCGAGGAGGAGGAGAGGGAGAGCGCCGCCGCCGCCGCUUCCCGCGGGCUAGCCGAAGAAGCCGAGCCCAAGCCCGACGGAGCGGCGAGAGGGCUGCUGGGCUUGGACCUGAACAUUGCCCCCUCAUGAAGUCAUGACCAAGCAUUUGGGGUUUCGUGCUUCUUUAGUUUUUGCCUUUUUGGCCUGGGUUUGUAAUUCGGAGUCCUUUGAAAUUUUGCACAUAUCAUACAGCACGAUUCAUUUAUGUAACAGUCUUGUCAUGUAAGAAAAUAUUGACUAGUGUACAGUAUUGUAAAAUGCGUUCUACAGGAUACUGCGUGCAACUUGAAAAAAAGAGUAUCACAAGCAAGAAACACAUUGUUUCUUUUACACGAACUAUGCCUAGGUCUAGCAUACUGCUUU